AUAAUCAUAAUCUUCUUAUAAAUAAUACAUAGGGCAGCUAAUUCAUUCCUAUAGAAAAGUUGGUCCUUAUUAUUAUUUCAUUUCUCCUUCUAUGGCAACUCAACAACUUGAGUCCAAAUGGGAAGGCAAAUCUAUAGUCAAUCUAAAACAUCCCAAAGCUGAACAAGUAUGGCCACUCCUUGAAGAUUUCUUCAACUUCCACAAAUGGCUACCAAACAUUGACACUUGUCACCAAAUUGAUAGUGAUAAUAAAGAUGAAAUUAUCCGCUAUUGCGCUAGCACCACGCCCCCAUCGUCAGGCGAUGGGGAAGCGAUCAUCAAGUGGUGUCACGAGAAGUUGUUGACGAUUGAUAAGAUAGAGCGAUAUAUCAGUUAUGAGGUCUUAAAUAAUAAUAUCGGGAUCAAGUAUUAUGUGUCUACGUUGAAAGUGUUGUCAUUGGAUGGUGAUGAUGAGGGCGGGUGUCAGAUCGAGUGGUUGUUCGUUGCUGAUCCGAUUGAUGGGUUGACUUUGGAAUUAUUUUCGGGUUAUGUUAACUCAUCCCUCCAAGGCAUGGCUGAAAAUAUUGAGAAAGCUCUAGAAUCGUCUAAGUUAGGUGAUUUUGUGUGUUCUAAUUAAUAAGCAUGGAUAGUAGUUUUUGAUUGCUUCUUCCGCUAUUUCAAUUUAUUUAUGUGACAUAUUUUUAUUUUCAAUUCCUUCUAAAAAUAAUAUCAUACAAAAAGAGAUAUUUUUGGCUUAGAACUUUUUGUAUCGAAUACAGAAUCAUGGCUAAUUCA